AUGGAACUUAAAUACUCACGCUAUGAUGAAUUCAUAGAUUACCUUACUUCUCUUCUAUAUCAAGUCAAAGAACAUUUGACACACGAUUACCACUUCAUUUUCACUGAUGUGCCUCCCUCAUGGGGAGCGGCUGCUUGGGACAGAAUUGAAGAGUUGGACAUAGUGCAAACUCGCGGUGAUAUGGAUCUGCUCCUCGCUCAAGCAACAAGCAAGUGA